CCUCAAAAAAGUCUUGGUCUGCUUGUUUCUCGUCUUUUCGAGAUGAUCGUCCAAUUUUCUUUUCUUUGCUGUGUUGCGUUCGGUAUAGAACCACCUGGAGGAUAAGCGGGCUGUCCUCUUCUUCCCUCUCCAUCAUAAUAAACAGCAGCAGCAGCAGAAGCAGAAGCAACAGCAGAUGUCUCGAUUACUACUCCUCAUCCUCGCCAUCUCAGGCCUGACGAGCCUGGCACAAGCUCACACCGUCAUCGUCUACCCUGGCUACCGAGGGAACAAUCUACACACAAACGGAACCGUCGCGGAGGCCAACGGACUAGGAACAGCCUGGUACAAUGAUUCCUAUAUCUACCCGUACGGCAUGAUGUGGGAAUAUCCAUGCGGCGGAAUGCCCACGUCUACAAAUCGCACGAAAUGGCCCGUCAAGGGCGGCGCCAUCUCCGUCCAACCAGGCUGGUUCCAGGGCCACGAGACGGCCUUGAUCUACAUCAACCUUGGUCUAGGCAGUGUCCCCGAGAAUAUGAGCCAUGUCAUGCUCUCGCCGUUUCAGAUCAUUGGGCCCUCGGAUAACCCGUACCCGGGUACCUUCUGUCUGCCGCAGGUUCCCCUGCCGGCCAAUAUGACGGUCAACGUGGGCGAUCAUGCAACUAUCCAGGUCAUCGAGGUGGCAGUGCACGGGGCUGCUUUAUAUAAUUGCGUCGAUAUCGAGUUUGCCGAACCCAAGGACGUCGCAGAGGUGACGCCCGAAAACUGCUUCAACUCGAGCGAUAUCUCGUUUGCAGAGGUGUUUACGACGACUUCGUUAAGUUCGGGGGUGGAACGGACGGUAUCAACGAGUUUCCUUUUUCUUUCCUUGCUAUCUCUGGGGGUAGUAUUAUACAAUGGCGUUUAGUUUUUCUUCCCCCCUCCCCCCCCUUUUUUUUCAUGAAAG